AUGGCUGGUCGAAGAAAGAAAAAAAUUGUACAGCAGGAACAAAAGGGACAAGAAGUACAUGGUGACGAAGAACAUAAUGGAAAAGAGGUUCAGGUAGAUGAGGAAGAAAACAUGUCGGGUUCUCAAGAAACCCAGUCAACGAGGAGCACACGAGGUCGUACCCAAAUGCAUAAGCUUGCUAUGCAAAGGGCACAAGGACUGAAGAAAGACGUACAAUUCAAUGAACUAGGACAACCAAUUGGAGAUAGUGCUGCAGAACUACAAAGUUACAUUGGUGUCCUUGCAAGAGAAAAGGUGAAGUUGAAUUUUAAGACAUGGAAACAUGUGCCACAGGAUAUUAAAGACAAGAUAUGGGACGCUGUUAAUUUGAGCUUCAGAGUUCCGGCAAUAUUCAAGAAACCUUGCUUGAGUUCAGCAAAUGACAAAUGGCGGCAAUAUAAAACACAACUCACAAAUAACUUUAUUUGGAAGAGACUGAAUGAUGAAGAAAACUUGCACAAACCACCCCCAGGAUAUGGUAUUAUGGGAGAUGAAUGGAGUCAAUUUGUGAUUAGCCGCAUGUCCGAAGACUUCAAGGAGUUGCAACUUCAAGGACCAAAUGAGGACAUCCUGACACAGGCUCUUGAAUCUAAGGAGCAUGGAGGUCGGGUGAGGGCUAUAGGUGGACAUGUCAAUCCCUCAACAUAUUUCAGAUUGGGUAAAGGGAUGCUUCCUAACCAUGAGAAAAAUGUCCUUCUAAGACGACAAGCAACAGUAGAAGACAGAGUUGCAAAGUUAGAAAAUUUGGUCCUUCAAAAUGUUGCCUUUAAAUCAUCUCCGAUUGAAGAAAAAGGGAGUUGUACUGCAAAGGAUGCAAAGGGUGCGAUGAAGCUGAGUGAAGAAGAAAUUGGUUUUAUGAAACAAAAAUUGGAUUUCGAAGAUGAUGAUGAUGAGCUGCAGUUUAUUGACAAAGAAGAUGUCUUGGAGAAACAAUGUAAGAAGAAACCGAGCAAGGAAGUCAAAAAGCUUGAGUUGAACUCCUCAAGUAUGCCUAAGUCAUUAUGGCUACUAUACUGUUAUUACAAGCGUGCACUUGGGAAUGGAGAGAGUUUAAAAAUAGUGCUAGAUGAAAAUGUCUUCGGGGAAGAAUGUACUCUAUAUGUGCACGACGAAGAUGUGACUCCGUUUUGUCAAUUGAUGCCAAUAUCGUACACAUGUAUUGCUGUGUACAUAUGGUAUUUGUAUAAAAAGAUGAUGGAAGACAACAAGCUUGAAAAAUUCAGAUUUAUGCAGCCAUGUCAUGUAGGUCAUGUGCCAACGACAAGAACAGAUAAAAAUUUCCUAGACAAACAGUUGGAAAGUAGGGCACGAGCUUUAGCAGACAGACUAAUUGACAAUCCAAGUAGUGCAUCACUUUUGGUGCCAUGUAAUGUAGGUUUCCAUUGGAUUCUGACAGUUAUCAACGUCAGUAAGGAUAUUGUUUAUUUGUGGGACCCUCUUAGUCAUCGCAUUCGCGAUGAUGAUUGGAAACAUGUUGUAGAAAUGGCUAUUAAAAUGGUUCAUGCGGCCUCUGGGAAUGGAAAGAAAGGACGAAGUAAAACUGCUUGGGAAAUUGUCAAGGCUCCUCGUCAGCCGGAUAGUAACCAAUGCGGUUUCUAUGUCAUGGCUUACCUGAAGACUUUAAUUGAGAACAUGCCGGACAUUGAUGAUAAAGAUUCUGUUCAAGCACUGUUCCAACAAGUUGAAUAUGACAAAGCGGUUAUUGAUCUGGUGCGUUCUGAAUGGGCCGAUAUUAUAUCAAGUUAUAUACAGUAGGUAUGAUUUGAUCAUUAGAACGUUGUGAUCUUUUAGACUUCGUGGAAUUGUUUGUUGUAGUAUUAUGAUGACUU